UGUGUGUGUGUGUGUGUGUGUGUGUGUGUGUGUGUGUUUUCCCCUCCUAUUACUGCCGCUCAGCCUCCCGAGCACCAGUACAGUAGUGUGUCGCGAGCAGCUAUGCAGUGUGUAGACCGGGUCGCAACUCCAUCCUGAUGCUAAAUUCUGGCCAACACUGAUUUUGAAGGUUUGUUGGAGAGUUGCUGCUGGUUCUCCGAGCGUCUCGAGUUGAAUGCAAGGAAAGCGCAGAGCUCCAGAUGCCAUUGACUGAAGCGAAUGCGAGCAAUAAGCGGACACACCGAGUGAACAGAAAGUUGGCUGGCGGAAGAAACCAUUUCCUUUUGUUUACUUUCUGAAGAACCUUGAUUGCUUUCUGCCAAGCAAGGAAACAUCAGGCGUUUGCUCAAAGCAAGUCUUUAUGGGGAAGUUCUUCGUGGCCUUUUUCUAAAUAGAAGAUUAAUAGAACUAAAAUCAGACAAGAGAAAAAAAGAAAAAGAAAAAGAAGAAGUACAGAAGAAGUGUAAGGAUGGCAAAUUCAGGAUUUCAGCUCCUGGGCUACUUCUUGGCUCUAGGUGGAUGGAUCGGGAUCAUCUCAACCACCGUGCUGCCCCAGUGGAAGCAGUCAUCGUACGCUGGAGACGCCAUCAUCAUGGCAGUUGGGCUGUAUGAGGGGCUGUGGAUGUCCUGCGCAUCCCAGAGUACAGGACAGGUGCAGUGUAAGAUCUUCGACUCGCUGCUGUCCCUCGACAUCCACAUUCAGACGUGCCGAGCUCUGAUGGUCAUAUCUGUGCUGAUGGGCUUCAUAGGCAUUAUAGUGAGUGUAGUAGGCAUGAAGUGCACCAGGGUGGGUGACAACAACCCUGCCACCAAGGCCAAGAUCGCUAUAUCUGGAGGAGGCCUCUUCCUGCUCGCAGGUCUGUGUACGCUGGUGUCUGUGUCCUGGUACGCAACACAAGUCUCUGUUCACUUUUUCGAUCCAAACACACCUCCGAAUGCCAGGUAUGAAUUUGGCUCCGCCCUGUUUGUCGGUUGGGCGGCGGCCUGCUUGACGAUCCUGGGCGGGUCCUUCCUCUGUUGCUCCUGUGCUAACGAGGCCCGAGGAGGGCAGCAGUAUUACCGGCAAUCACAAUCCUCCACUGCCAGAGAAGCAAAUGUAAAAAGUUCUCCAGCAGACAAAGGGGAGCAGUUCUUGUAGUUUGGGAGAGGGCGACUUCCGUUGGUCUCACGCUGGGUUAGAUUUUGGCAACUGACAAGACACUCUUUUGGUAAUAAAUAAAGUUAAAAAAAAAUUACGAUUUCAGAUUUAAGCAACAAAGAGAAAUGACAUACUACUGUUAUAACCCCUCUGUACUAUGUGCCAUCUUGUACGUGCUUCUGAAUGCAUUCACAUUAAAUAUGAAAAAAAUACAAAAAAAACAAAAAACUGACAUGAUAUUGUACUGUAAACGCUUAGUUAUGCUUUAUAUGCCACUGAAAAUUUACAAAGUUCAACAUGGAGUGAGCCAAGCGUAUAGAGAUUGUGAAACUUACUUCAAACGAUUUUUGUUGUUGAUGUUGUUUUUUUUUUUUCUUUUUGUAAUAUUAGACCACAGUUGUAUCUUUCAUGAGACUUGAUUCAGGGUACGUUAAUGAUGCAUUUGAUCAGUAAUGCAAGAUAUUCACUGUUGUUGUUGUGUAGCGUAAAACCGUUUCGAUGCAUAACCAAGCUUUCACUUAGACUUGACUUUUUUUUCUAAUCCGAACAGUACAGAAAUGACUUUCCUGUUUGUUCAUGGAAUAUUCUUCAUUUUCAGAGGCCUUGUCCUCACUGUAAUGGUGUUUUAUCGUAUUAUUGUAAAGAAACACAAUGCCGCAUCCGGUAUUUUUCAGUUUUAUUUUAAAUUAGACACACACACACACACACACACAAACACACCCAACAGAUGCUUUAUGUUAUUGCUUGUUAGAUUUUUCUGUUUUUGCUCUCUCUCUCUCUCUCUCUCUCUCUCUCUCUCUCUCUCUCUCUCUCUCUCUCUUUUCUUUCUCACUCUCUCUAAACCCUUUAGUGCACAAAUGAUUUGUGGAGAAGAAUUUCAGACUCCUGACUCGCUCAGGGUUUCGGUUCAGCUCACACUGAGACGCACUCGUUUACUUUCUUUAGAUGUCAGUCAUGUGAUGGCUGUUUGUUUUCUUGUAAUCACAAAUCCAUUUUUUGUUCUUUACAUUUUCCAUCCAACAUGUCUCCUAAUAUUGAAAUAUGUAUCAUCUCAAAUAAAGUGUCUUAUGUUUUUUUCCCCCCGUUUUUAAAAUGAAAUAAAAAAAAAAACAAUACGAAACAAAUAAAGAGAAUGGAUCUGUGGUGCUUA